AUGGAGUCUCUGAUAAACAAACUUAACAAGUGGCACGAGCUGAAGAAGGAGCAUGCCCGUCUAAUACGCCAGAGAAGAGAAAGGGAGAUAGAGGAGAUUGUUGAGGAAAUAAGGAAGACCCGGGAUGUCGAGAUGCUUUUGGGGAUACUGGCCACUGAUUCGGACAAGUGCAAGGGUCUUGAAGGGUUUCUGAGUACUGAGCUGAGAAGAAGCAUAGGAUUCAACAGUAAGGAGAGGAUAAAUACGAUUAUCAAGUGCAUGUGCAUUUUAGGCUUGGAGUGCGAGAUGUAUAGGCUGAUGAUGAUAGACCAUCUUGAAAGCGUCUACUCGAAGACAGUCGGAGGCCCUGUUUCUGCCAGGAUAAAAGGCCUUAUUGGGCUUAAGGGAUAUGACGAGACAAACGGUCUCCGCAUCCACGAGUACGUCGAAAGUAGAAUAAAUGAGGAGAUCGACAGGUUUGUUGAAAGAAUACCUGUUGAAAACCCGAAGGAACUGGAUGGAUGGCUGAAUGAGAUAGCAGAGGUACAGAAGUACAGGCCAAAAGUAUUGGAGAUGUAUAAGAGUCUCGAGAUCAAGUACUUUUCCAUGUGUCUUGGGAUUGUUAUGUUGAAUGACAAAGCCAGUGCGGUGGAGGACACGGUGUAUCUAGUUAACAAGAUCCGGCGUAGAAGCGAUGCAGUUGGUGUGAACAUAGACAAUGAGAUUAUGGGGAAGCUAAACGAGUAUGAGAUGCUAUGGGAAGGGGAGGUCAAGGCGCUAUUCCGGAGAUGA